GUGGCGGCGGCGGCGGCGGCGGCGGCGGCGGCCAGGUUAGGCGAGGCGAAGCGGAGGAGGACCGUGUGCGCCGGCCGGUGGCGGGUAGAAGUGUGAGUGCGGCGAGGUACUAGAGGUAGCCGGGCCGGUGGGGCCGCCGCCGCCGCCAUGCAGGAAAUCAUCGCCAGCGUGGACCACAUCAAGUUCGACUUGGAGAUCGCGGUGGAGCAGCAGCUCGGGGCGCAGCCGCUGCCCUUCCCCGGCAUGGACAAGUCAGGGGCUGCUGUCUGUGAAUUCUUUUUGAAAGCUGCCUGUGGCAAAGGGGGCAUGUGCCCAUUUCGCCACAUUAGUGGUGAGAAGACAGUGGUGUGCAAACACUGGCUACGGGGGCUGUGCAAGAAGGGGGACCAGUGCGAGUUCCUCCAUGAGUAUGACAUGACCAAGAUGCCUGAGUGCUACUUCUACUCAAAGUUCGGGGAGUGCAGCAACAAGGAGUGCCCCUUCCUGCACAUCGACCCCGAGUCCAAGAUCAAGGACUGCCCUUGGUACGAUCGUGGCUUCUGCAAGCACGGUCCCCUGUGUAGGCACCGGCACACUCGGAGAGUCAUCUGUGUGAAUUACCUCGUGGGAUUCUGCCCGGAGGGGCCCUCGUGUAAAUUCAUGCACCCUCGAUUUGAACUGCCAAUGGGAACCACCGAGCAGCCUCCACUGCCCCAGCAGACGCAGCCUCCGACAAAGCAAAGUAACAAUCCGCCAUUACAAAGGUCGUCCUCCUUGAUCCAGUUAACGAGUCAGAACUCUUCUCCCAAUCAGCAGAGAGCCCCGCAGGUCAUCGGGGUCAUGCAGAGUCAAAACAGCAGUGCAGGCAACCGGGGACCCCGCCCAUUGGAGCAGGUCACCUGUUACAAGGACUCUUCAGCAGGGCUUCUGUGAAGCAAACUCUCCUAAAUCCUGGAACCUCAGAAAGCUGGGGUGAGGACCUGCCAACCUCUUCUUACCAGGGGCACUUUACAGUUAAUAUUAAAGAUGCCUUGUGGGAAUCCUGAACUCCUCAGCUGUGGAGGCUGAUGGACAUGCCAAGUUCCAUGAAUGGGCCCACACAGUCCCUCCCUCUGGUCAUCACAUCAACCAAAGGAAUAACUGGCAGCUACACAGGCCACUUGUCCACACAGGUCACAUGUACAGUGUGGUGAAAAAGGACACUAUGCCAACAGAUGCACCAAAGGGCACUUGGCCUUUCUCAGUGGA